CUAUAUGCUACGGCUGCUGUUGUUUAAAACACAGUAGAACGUUCAGCAGUUUCCAGUUCGGCUACUUGCCAAGUCUUGACUUCUGUUACUCACCAUUCAUUCAUUCCACAUCUAGCGCGCAGUCCAAUAAUCUCUCUGUCCGUGUUGUAAUCAUUGUUGUUGUUAUUAUUGGCGUUUAUAUAGAGAGAUAUACGCAUAUAUAUAUAGAUUUUUAUUAAAUUAUAUUUUAUAUGUUGUGUACUCUUUUACAUUGAUUAAUUCAGUAUCAUUUUUGUCGAGUCGAAAGUUAAAGACAGAGGCAACACAGAGUUAUUAGCAGUUAUAGCAAAGCAGUAGUUAAUUGUGCACAGAAGCGUGCAGAAGUUUAUUCGAGUGUGGUUUUUUAAAUAAAGUUUAUUCGAGUGUAUUAUUAAAUAAUAAAUUUCGAUUAUACAUUUUUGAACUUUUUCACCAAAAAAUAAAUAAAAAUAAAACAACACAACGCGAUUUAUUUUCGAAAUUUCAACGGAUUUUUUUAUCAUCCCGACCCGAAUUAUUCAGCUGCGUUAUUACAUUUUCGCCGUAUUUUCCGAAAAUUGAUUUCAUCAUUUAAAAAAAAAUCACAGUGAUAUACUGCGAAACAAUUGUCAAACGUCGCGUCAAUUCCAUUUAGCCAAAAAGAAAGAAAAAACAACAUCAUAUUAAAACAUCAUCGUUUUGUUUAUUGAGGAACCCAGAAAGCGGACGGAAUACAUAAAGAACAUUACAUUACGGCUUAAUUCAACUCUUCAUUUUCGUUGAUUUCGAGCGAUUCACACACAGCCGCCCAAUAUUUGUGGUAAUAAGCACAACAAAUUCGGAAGAAAGAGUACCGAAAAUACUGGAACAGUCAUCAACUGUUGAGUCAGCGAGUUUGAAAAAAAGGAAACAAUAGUUAUUCAAAAUGUUCACCGUAUUGAAAAUUGAGAGUGACGAUUUUCGUCGCAAAAUGCGCCCAAAAUGCGAAUAUGUUUGCAAAUAUUGCCAACGAAGAUUCACAAAAUCAUACAAUCUAAUGAUCCAUGAGCGCACUCAUAAAAGUCCAGAGAUUUCCUUCUCAUGCGAAGUGUGCGGCAAACAUUUUAAACGUCCGGAUAAUUUCCGCCAGCACAGAUGUAGUCAGUGUGUUUGGCGAUAAACUCAUUAAUAGAUAGACACACACACACAAAAUAGAAAAAAAAAUCGCAAACAAAUUCACAAAAAUCAAUAAACAUGCAAGCGCAAUGCAAUACACUGAUGGUGAGGGGACAAAAUCAAAGGCAGCAGCGAUUUGUAUUUUAGAUGUCCAUAUUAUUGCGGCUGUUGUCUUCGUAUUUAAACCUAAUUAAUCAACACAGUUUUCACUUUAAACCACAACAAAAAAACAAACACACACACACAAAAAUAAAAUUUCCAAUAAAAACCAAUAAUUUAUCAAUUGAAGAACGUUAGUUAGUGUUGCCACAAUUUAUGAAAAUAGAACUUUCAUGUACCAAGACAACAAAAAUAUUAAUAAUCGGAACCUUAUACGUUGUAAUUAAGGUGAUGAAUAAAUAGAUAUUUUAUAACGUAUACACACAACAUGCAGAAAUGAUAACAAUAGUAGCACUUAAGCGCACUCUGAAUAUACAGUUAGUCAACUAAUUCCAUACAAUUUAUCUCUUUUUUUAUUCUCUUUUUUUUAAUAUGAUUAAGAAACCGUAUUUUACUCUCAAGAUAUUAAGCCGUAAUAAUCAAUCUAAACAAAAACACUACUAAUAAUGAAAUGCAUUAACCAAGCAAUCUCAGCAAACGAAAACAGGGUAUAACAAGGGAGCUCACAACAAAAUUUUUGCACCAACAUUUGCACUUUUGAUAUGAUCUUGAUUUGAUUUCAAUUCAAAACAUCAUCGUUUUGUUCUUUUUGGUAUUCUCACACAAAUUUUCUAAUAAUCACUUCUAAUUCUCACAAAUCCAACCAAAUUCAUUCACAAUUCACUACUUUUUUUGGGUAAAAAUUACUAACCAACAAAAAUUUGUGAAAUAAACUGGAUCUCACAUUUUCUAAUGAAAUUAAUUAGUGUUCACGUCUCUUGAAAAAGAAAAUGACAGAAAAAAAAAAACAAACAAAAAAUUCUCAUAUCAAAAUUCGGCGAUUCAUUAUGACUUUUUCUUUUCUUUUCUUUUCUUUUUGGAUUUGUUGUUUUCUUUUUACAGAGCAUCACACCUCUACUGUUAGAUGAGCUUAUUAAAACGCGCAAAUUACGAAGAGCCAACAUAUUUAUUCGCUUCACCUCAAAUAUACAAAACAUUUUUUUUUAUUAUUUUUCCUCGGCAUAAAUAAUCAUAUAAAAAAAAACCGCUUCAAUUUCUGUACGUACGAAUGUAUUCUUGAAUUGGUUCCACUUCGAAAGGUUCUGCUAAUGACUAUUAUAAUAAAUACACAACCAGUUAUGUCUACUGCACACCGCAUAUUCUUAAAUUAUCGUGAAUGAAAAAAAAAACGCUAUCGAAGGGAGUCUCGUCAAAAUCCAAAAAAUCAGUUCUAUUCAGGAAACUAUUCAAUACUCUAUAUCACACCUCCGGAUAUAUCAAAAUAGUCUACACAAUGUGCAAAUCAUCAAAUUCUAUUCGAAAUGAUCUUCAGCUUCGUUAUAUCAAAAUUUGGAUUGCUUAAACAAAUGAAAAUGCAAUAAAUUGAUUGAUUUAAGUUUUAUAGGCCAGGACGUUAUGCAUUUAAUGCGUGCAUAAAUCAAUUUGCUUCUCAAUCCAAAAACCUGAUGUAAUAUCACGCAAAAGUUAAAUUUAUUCAUCUAAAUCUAACUUUUCAACCAAUUUUUUUUUAUUCAAUUUGAAUAGAAAAAAAUCUCAUUGACCAAUCGAUGCAUU